UGUGUGUGUGUGUGUGUGUGUGUGUGUGUCAUACAUUUUACUGUGCUGUGUCAGUCAGUCAGUGUUUAACUCUUCACCUCUGCUGCUCUGAGAGAGAGAGAGAGAGAGACAGGAGGGCGAUCGAGGGAGGAAAAGGCGUGGCCUGCUGGAGAUACGAUUCUACAGCUCUCUCUCUCUCUCUCUCUCUCAGUCUGUCUGUCUGUCGCUCGCCCGUGUUUGAGGCUCUACAGAUCUUCAGGAACAAGGCGGCACUCAGAGCGAGAGUCCGGUCGGCGGAUCAGAGCGUCAUGGCGUCGGCGGCCCCUCAGAAGAGGAUGGUGUCGUCGGUCUUCAUCACUCUGGCGUCUCCGUUCAGAGCCACGCUCACGCCGACGGCUCACGUUCACAGCGCCCCCUGCAGACGAGACACACACACUCCGGACGUUACUGUGUUACUGAGGAAUAGUUCAGUGAUUGUUGAUGUGAUAUCAGUCCUGAGCAGCGCUCCUCCUGACCCUGAUGACCUCCCUCUGCUGACUCCUCCUCCUCAUGACCCCCAUGUCUCUGAGCCCAGACCGCAGGAGAGCUCAGCGGGGAAAGCUCAGCUUCGGUCGGCGCCCUCUGCUGGAAGAGACGUGAACGAACCUUCAUCUGAUGUGUGUGGAUUCUGUCGUAAGCCGGUGCCUCUGUCUGAACCUGCCAUCGAGGCUCUGAACCGAACGUACCACGCCGUGUGCUUCCAGUGCCGUCAGUGCCACGCUCCGCUGGCCGCCAAGAUCUACUACAACAGAUCUGGCAUCCCGCUGUGUGAGGCCUGCUACCAGGCCAGUCUGGAGCCGUGCUGGGCGUGCGGUGAUGUCAUCAAAGAUCAUGUGAUCCGAGCGCUGGAGCGAGCCUAUCACCCGCCCUGUUUCGUCUGCACCACGUGCCGGCAGCCAAUCGGAGAGCAGAGGUUUGCGCAGGGCGAAGUGGGCGAGGUUUACUGCCUUCAGGACUACUACAGGAAGUACGCUCCGCAGUGUCGUGCAUGUGGAGAACUGAUCAUCCCUCGGGAAGACGGGACCGACAGCUUCACGGUGGAGUGUUUGGGUCACUCGUACCACGAGGACUGCUACCGCUGUGAGGUGUGUGCUGUGCUUCUGUCUCCGGAGCCGAACGAGAGCGGCUGUCAUCCUCUGGACGGACAGGUGUUGUGUAAAGCGUGUCACGUGUCUCUGACGCAGAACGCCCAGCGCUAAUCACGCUCACACUGAUGAGGAUGAGGACUGCACUGGACACUGCAGCAUUGGGACCAUUACUACUUUCUCUUUAUCAUUCCACUGAUUAUAUAUCCAUGUAUUCAACAUAUCAGCUCUAAAGUGCUCUUCUUUCUCGCAACAUGCACCAAAGAUAUUUAUUCAAAAGCAUAAGAGAAUCACACUCGUAUCCCACGCAAAUAAACUACUAAUAUAUAUAUAUAUAUAUAUAUACACACACACACGUCAUCUUGAGAACGCUGUCACUGUCGUAUUCAUCGUCUUAAACUGAUAUCACAUAUCCAGUGCUGGGGAGAAACAUACAACUAUGCCAUCUUUUACAGUUACUGAGACAAAAUGUGUUUUUACAAUACAGUCAUUGAAUGCAAAGUGGUUAUAAAUGAAUAUUUUCAUACACACACACAGAUCUGAUUGAUUUCUUCAUAAAUUGCACUGACCCUAAAACAAGAGACGGCUAUAUUUCAGGAGUUUUGCACACGUGCUUAUUCCAUAUCUGUUUCAUUUCCUACUUGAUUUUAUGUAUGUGAUCAUUUUUUUUAGGAUGAACUGUUUUUCCAAGCAUUGUUAGAUGCCAGUGUUUCCAUUUUAAAAACAGUAACAAGCUAUUAAACUGUAUCCUGUUAUGAUUUUAAA